ACUUGACUUGUUGGAUGGUUGCGGACUUGCGGUUACACUUCCACACAUUUUACAUUCAUGAGAGUCUCGGCCUCUCCCGAGGUUUGUAUUCGGGUUUCUGCUGCUUUUGUCGGUUCAAACAGGCUAACGAACCUCCAGAGAGACGCGGACUGAAUUACAUUGCUGCGUUUGGUGUCUAACAGCGUCGGUUAUAAGACGCAAAUGUGGUUUAUCUAACACUUUCGUGACAGCUUGUUGUGGAGGAGCGCUCUUGUUAGGAAGCCCGACCGGCUUUAAACCGGUCUAAAGUGACACUGCUGGUGGACACAACCCCCCGGACGCUAGCUAACCGACGGGCCGUAGCCGAGUCUUGGUUGGUGUUACCUUUGGUCACCCGCGGAGGUCUCCAGCCAUGGCAGGAGGACGGACGGUGCCCGGACUGGUCGUCCUGAUGUGGAUUCACUUCCAUCGCUGCGGCUCUUUCAACCUGGACGUGGACAAACCCUCCGUGUUCUCCGGACCGCAGGGCAGCUACUUCGGCUUCUCGGUGGACUUCUUCAAGCCCCCCAACAACCAAAAGUCAGACGUCCUGAUAGGAGCUCCUCGGGACAACGCUUCAUCCUCGGGCAGCAUCGUGGAGAGAGGAGCAGUGUACAGCUGCCCCUGGGGCAGUGCUUCCUCCUGCCAGCAGCUGCAGUUUGACAACACAGGCAAUAGGAAGAAUGAAGCUGGAGCUCAGAUGGAGUUUAAAUCCAAGCAGUGGUUCGGUGCCUCGGUUCGAUCUAGUGGAGAACACAUCCUGGCCUGUGCUCCCCUGUACCAGUGGUCAACCCUUGGUGUGUCUGAGCGAGAGCCAGUGGGAACGUGUUAUCUGAAGAAAGAAGGCACCGUGGUCGAGUACUCACCCUGCAGAUCAAGUGCCAGAUUCCCAGAGGGCCAGGGCUUCUGUCAGGCUGGCUUCAGCGCCGACUUCUUGAAGAAGAACAAUAGAGUGGUGGUGGGAGGACCUGGCAGCUACUACUGGCAGGGCCAGCUGAUUUCCGAUGACGUCUCGGAGAUUUUUGCCCAGACUGACAAAAAAUACAUCACCUCGUACCCAAACACACUUGGCACCAAGCCAGCGGCCGCCGAUUAUGACGACAGUUACCUCGGAUACUCUGUGACAGUUGGAGACUUCAACAGCGACGGAAAGGACGAUUAUGUGACCGGAGUACCUCGGGGGGAAAAGACGCUGGGAUAUGUGAGCAUCUUCAACGGCCUCAAAAUGGAGUCCAUGGUCAACUUCACAGGAAAGCAGAUGGCUGCCUACUUUGGACAUGCAGUAGCCGCUACUGAUGUCAAUAAUGACGGUCUGGUCGACCUGUUGGUUGGAGCUCCUCUCUUCAUGGACAGAGGGCCAGACGGAAAACUCAGGGAGGUGGGACAGGUGUCAGUGUACCUCAGUCGAGGUGGGUUUUCCUUCGACCCACCCAAGAUGCUCACAGGUCAGAGCUUGGAGGUCUACGCCAGGUACGGCUCUGCCAUUGCUGCACUGGGAGACCUGGACAUGGACGGAUACAAUGAUGUGGCCAUCUCAGCUCCUUACGGAGGCUCCGACCACAAUGGCUUAGUCUACAUCCACAAUGGCCGCCCUCAGGGGCCCGACCCCUCACCUUCCCAGGUCCUGCAGGGCAAGUGGGCGUCCAGCUACAUGCCUGCCAGCUUUGGGUACUCCAUGACCGGAAAUACUGACAUAGACCGGAAUGGAUAUCCAGAUUUAAUAGUGGGAGUGUUUGGAGCAGACAAAGCUGUUUUAUACAGAGCUCGUCCAGUGAUCAGUGUGAACGCCACGUUGGACAUGACGCCUCAGAUCAUCAACCCAGAGGAGAAGACCUGCGUGCUUCCUGGAACCACCACACCUGUGUCCUGUUUUAAGGUGAAGUACUGUCUGAAGGCUAGUGGCCGUGGAGCUCCGGCUACUCUCAGUUUUCGUGUGGACCUCAUUUUGGACCGCCUGAAGCACAAGGAGUCGACCAAACGUGUGCUCUUUCUGCACAGUCGGACCUUUCAAUACUCCAAGAACAUGACGGUGUCCAAUGGCAAAGGCCCGGCCUGCGAGGAGCAGAACGUCUUCCUGAGGGAUGAUCGUGAGUUCCGCGAUAAGAUCACUCCCAUCUCCGUGGCCAUGGAAUACAGUCUGGACUAUGAGCAGGCUGCAGACCUGACCGGCCUGCUGCCCAUCCUUGACAUAUCGGCCCCAUCCAACAUCACCAAGCAGGCUCAUAUCCUGUUGGACUGUGGAGAUGACAACAUCUGUAAACCUGACCUCAGGUUGUCAGUGAAGAGCGACCGUGAGCAGAUCUACAUCGGCGAUGACAACGCUCUGACCCUGGAGGUCAGUGCUGAGAAUCAGGGAGAGGGAGCCUACGAGGCCGAACUCCACGUCUACCCGCCACAGCAGGCUGACUUCACUGGGGUCGUCCGCAGUCAGACCCUCACCAGGCUGUCCUGUGCUUACAAGACGGAAAACCAGACCAAGAUGGUGGUGUGUGACCUGGGAAACCCCAUGAAGGGAGGAACCAAGGUGCUGGCUGAGCUGAGGUUCAGUGUCCACCAGCUGUCAGAGGAGGACACAUCUGUCAAGUUUGACCUGCAGAUAGUCAGCUCGAACCAAUUUGACAACAAAAGCCCUCGAGUCUCUAGCAUCACCAAGCUGGCUGUCCUCGCCCAAGUCUCCAUCAGAGGGUCAUCAUCUCCUGGACAGGUGCUGCUUCCCAUCGCCAACUGGAAGCCUAAGGAUCCUCCUGUGGUUGGAGAUGACAUCGGACCACAGAUAGUACAUGUUUAUGAGCUCCUGAACAGCGGGCCCAGUACCAUCAGUAAGGCGGCGGUGGAGGUCCAGUUGCCCUGCUGCUUUAAGAACGGCUCUCUGCUCUACUUUAACAGCUAUGAUACAGAGGGUCCCAUCAACUGCACCAGCAACAUGGAAAUCAACCCGCUAAAUAUCUCCAACCCACUGUUCCCAGCAAAGAACGCCACCAGUGUCCCACCCAGAGAGAGAGACACGGAGGGACGAAGCCGAAACCGCAUCCACAAGAGAGACCUGGAGGUGCAGAGAGAUUCGGAGAGCGACCUGCAGACACUGGACUGCACCACAGAGGAGUGUCUGCGGCUGAAAUGUCAGGUCAGUCGUCUGGAGAGGAGGAAGAACGCCAUCCUCUUCAUCUACACCAGGCUGAAUGUCAGCAACUUCCUCAGGCCUGAGAAUCAGAACCACUCCUAUGUGGUUCGAUCCACAGCCUCGUUCAGUGUCAUUGAGAUGCCGUACAAGAACCUGAUGCCGGAGCUUCCGUCCAAUAGCACCACUGUGAAUUUGUCGGUGCUGGGUUGGGGGUGCCCGACGCACCUCAGCCAGUCCCAGGCUGGGUGGUGGCUCUGGCUGUGCUGGCUGGGCUGCUGCUGCUGGCGCUGCUCAUCUUCAUCAUGUACAAGUUGGGUUUCUUUAAGCGAGUGCGCCCCCCGCAGGAGGACAACACUGAGAAGGAGCAGCUGCAGCCGGAGGAGAACGGCAACACUGAUGCCUAGAGGUCAAAGUCUGAGGAACAGAAAGGAGUCCAGCAGAGAUACUUUCAGGGUACAAUGGUUGCUUAGACAAUUUCACUGUGUUCACUGGCGAAGGGCAGAUGAGGGCACCAGGUUUUUAUUAUGUUUUUGUUUUUACUAGCCAUGAUGUGGUUGUGCCAAAAGAGAAGCUCCAACUGGAAAUAUAUGUAAUUCUCAAAGAAUAGUUCAUCAUUUUGGGAAACGUGCUUAUUUGCUUUCCUAAUCGGAGUGAGAUGUUCAGGUUGAUGUCGCUGUCAUGUAAUAAAUAUGAAGCUGCAGCAGAUGGUUAGCUUAGCAUAAAGACUGGAAACGGGUAGCAGCUAGUCUGGCCCCGUGUGCAGCUGACAAAAUCCACCUGCCAGCACUCCGGAGCUGAUGAACAGGUUGUUUCUCUGUGGUCUCAUCUGUACAGAAAGCAAAGAGUCUGAAUACUCUGUGAAGCUACUUGAACCCCUGUGAAAGCACAAACUGACACCUUUAGCCACUUCAGUGGCUGGCUGUAGCUUCACAUUUAUCCCAGAGACACAAGAGUGGGAUCAGUCUGAAGAGCAAGCUUCCAAAAUGUUCAACUAUUCAUUUAACAAAAUUAUAAAAAAGAACUUAAAAAAAAAAAAAAAUGUCCAAAAUGUCUGAAUGCUUCACAAGUAAAAUGUUGGUAAUGUGCAUUUGUUCCACCGUGCAGAUAAGGGAGUCAUGUCAUUUCUCUGUUGAUGUGAGGCUGGUUGUCUGCACCAGAGCUUGUGGAGCUUGGACUGACACAUUUAUUGUCCAAACCACAAAUGGUCAUGAGCUGUAGGAGCGUGUUGCCCUCAAAGUCCAGAACUGCUGAUGAAUUCAACCUUAGUAUGCCAUGAUUAACAACGCUGUCAACACUGAAUAAGGAAACAGUGUUCUGUUAGUCUUGCAAUGGGCCUCCUCUGGGCUUAUUAUGGAUUUUUUUUUUUUUGUAAUAAUCUGGACUCAGUUUGACUGUUUAGUCUGUCUGAGAUGAGUGUGGCACUCCGCUGUAGACAGUCCAUGUAAAAUAAUAAUAGCAAUAACAACAUAACAAAUGUAGAACUCACAGAAUCAAACAAGUAAAGGCAGAAGAGAAAAACAAAUUUUGCAAAUGAAAGCAUAAAUACAGAAUCGUCCUCUGGAUCAUCACCUCAGUCAGCAUUAAGUGAUGUGGCUGUGGUCGGGGCAAUGAUGGUUUAGUUUGCCAAGAUAUGGGAUGAGUGUUGUACUAAUAUAUUUGCCUUUUUAUAAUCUUAAACUUUUUUUUCCCCUUUCCUGCUUUGAGUGUUUGGGGAAGCUGAUAUGAGCAGCUAAGAGGUGCUGGUGAUAUUUAUUAAUAGCAGGCCUGGCUCAUUUCAUUAUCAGGAAAUUGCUUGGUUUUAGUUCACAGUACAGUUGGAAAAUCAAUGCAAGUGAUUAGUUUAUAAUUCAAAUCAGAGAGCUGAUAGUUAAAGCAAAACCUUUGACCUGAAUAAUGAUUGUUCAGAAAUGUUAGGCAGGGCACUUGUGUCAUGAUUUAGAUUUCUCAGCAUGUUAAAACUCUGUCUGUACAGCGUGUUUAUCAGCUUUAAUGUGAGCUGUACCUGUUAGCAUGUCUGGCUAACUGGCUAGUGUCCUGCAGGACUAGUAACUGAAACAGGAAGGAUAUGUUUAGCUAGCUACAUUAAUUUGUGGAGUUACAUGUUAAGUAAAACAAAUCCCUGUUAACAACUAGCACAUCCACUGUGUAGUGGGAGUCGGUUCUGGAUGCUAACAGAGUUUAGGCUCGUGUUAGCUGCUCUCCUGCUCUGUGUGGAUUUAGAGAAGUCAGCUCUCCAGUAACUCGUCAGUUCAUCCUCAUCCUGAAGGCCUUUAUUCUGGAAGCAUGUUGGAAAGAUCAGAUGUCACAAAGUGCUUGACAGUAAAAACUAAAGAAAGUCUUAAUAAUAAUAGAUGCAGUAUAGAAAUAAUAAAUUGAAGAGGGCUGCAAGGAUAAGUAGAUCAAAGAAAGUCCUAACAGGAGGAGAUGCACUGAAAGCUUAAUAUACAUGUGUUCGCUAAGCAGAGUUACAUUGGAGUGAAAUAACUGUCCGGUCUUAUAAUUGUCCUUCUCAUAUAACACCAGAACUACACCUGUGCAGGAACACCACUAUUUCUGUGUCUUCUACAUGGAUCAGCUUGACUUUUUACCUGGGAUCUGCUAGCUUUAGCCUCAGGCUGUUAGCAUGAAGACAUGUAUGAAGCAAUUAAGUGCACGUAUAAGACCACUUCAUUAUUUUGUGGGGUCGGUUUUCUAACAGCAGGUCAACUGGACAGAUGUGGGAGUCAGCCAGACAUGGGGUUUUCUACCAGUUCAUGCAGCUGAUGUUAGUUUAAGUAGCUAACAAAAGCUGAUGAAAUCUGUCACUAUCCACUGGCAUUUCAACAAAAUCAAAAUUUUAGAAAAGGAUAACCCUUUAAAAAAAAUGAAUUUUGAUGAUAAAUCUGCCUGUGUCAUUACUGUAAACUGUAUGUACUGUACAAGAGCAAAGAAGCACAGCUGUAGCAAGCUGGCCGAGGGGGGCAGGGCUGAACCAGGUCUUUUUCCUACUGCACUUAUUGCGAUUAGUUUUAAAUAGUAUUAUUUUUCCUCAGAUUUCAGAGUGGCGACCGGAAGCUUUGCUGAGAGCGAAGGUGUACGUAGUCUGAAAGCAGGCUGCUAUUUUCAGGUUGUGUGUGAGAGGAUUAAAAAGAAAAGAACAAAAAAACUUUGCUAUGAAUUUGCCCAUACUGGGUUUGCAUCAUGAGCUAAUGUUUAAGGUGGACUAUAAUUUUUAAACUAUACAAAUCUAGUUAACAGUCACCAUAAAGUAAUGCCACAGGAGCACUUUGGUUAGCACGUUACACGUCGAGUUUGUCCUUCACUGGCAUCUUAUCCACUGCUUUUACAUUUGCCAGCCCUCUGAACAUCCUCUGCUGUCGCUAGCCCUCAUCAUGUCGUUGGCUUUAACAGUUGGCUUUAACGGAGAUGCACUAAUAAAACUAGUGGUAUCGCUAAAUGCCUGCAGAAACAUUGGUGCGCAAGGGCAAAUGGAAAAAAUGCUGACUUUUGCACAUUAAGAGUUAAAUGUUCUGUGUUGGAAUUGAAAUUUAAGAAUGUUUAGAUUUAAGAGACUUGGCUAAAAGGCUUUUCUUUUUUGUCAUUAUAAUCAGUUUGUCAGUUUCAAGAAAAAUAAUGAAUAAAUGCCAACCACUCCCUGGUUCCAGAUUCUCAGAUGGAGGGUUUGCUCUUCUUUUGUCAUUCAUUGUCUUAAACCAAAUAUCCUUUUGUUUUAAACAAAAGAUAUUUGAAGACAUCAGAGAUGAGGUUUUUCACUUUUCUUUUUCUUUUUAGUAGAUUAUACAAUUAACCAAUAAAUAAAAACUUGGCUUCAAAUUUUAAAUGUUUCUCUAAGGCAUUAAAAUUUCAUGACUAAUUGAUCAAUAAUCACUUAAUCAAACCUGUUUACACAUCAUCUUGCUCUCUGAAUAAAUACUGCUAACCUGAAUUCUGGUACCUUUACUAGUUUUUAAUUGCCAUUAAAAGCCCCUGAAAAUGUGGUUCCACAUCUUAAGUUUGUAGCAGUGUAAUCUUUUCAGUGUGAGCACUGAUCUUAGGUACGUAGUAUGUGUGCACCCUAAUCUGAUGAGGUGGUGGUGGAACAACUGGACUGAUCUGUUUACAAAGGAUUCUCUAAGGACGUAAACACAUUACCAGGACUUAAGUUACACAUUUGGCCUCAUGCAAGACUGAAUGGACUGUAUGGCCUAUUUACGACAAGUCUCACUUGUACCAACAAAACUUAGAAAAAAGUCAAACGUGUUCUUGCAUGAAGCCUGAUGAGUUUGGAUGAAAACCGUUUCCUGAGGGAUUAUACAAAAGGUUUGGGAAAGUUUGUAUCUUUUCUUUUGUGUGUUACAAUCUGAGGCUGAAAAGCAACAAAAAUAAUCUUCCAGAUGUGACUGAAGAGUGAGUUGAAGCUGUGUUUGAAUUGAUCUCUUUAAUACCACUGUGUUUUUGCUUUUCUCUUUCUGCAGAGAAAACAUUCACUGUUUUUGAUGUAUGUAUUCUUUCACACAGAGAAUAAAAAUGAAUUUCAUAAGAAGCUGAUUUCACCUUUUAAAUGAA